CUCCGUGAGACGCGCGGGCGAGCGCGCGGCAGCAGAGCCGAAGGCACGGCGGCUGGACCCGGCGGCCGCCGAGGCCGAAACCGCCCGGGCGGCGUGCGGGCUUUGUUCCCGCGCUGGGGGCCGAACGCACUCGGCAUGGCCCAGGCGGUCGCCCCGCGCGCCCCGAUCCCGCCGCGCGCCUGAGCCCCGCGCAGCGCGAGAAGACAGCGUGCGGAUCGCCCCCAAGUUAUGGAGGUGGCGACCCAGUGAGAAGGAAAAGCCACUUCGGGAGCCGGGUUGCGAGAGAGCUACGGUCCUCUGGAGCUCCAGACCCCAACAGGAAGGAGAAGGCUGCAGCAAUGCCAGACUCCCCGACUGAAGUGAAGACACAGCCCCGGUCCACACCCCCCAGCAUGCCGCCCCCACCUCCCACCUCAUCCCAUGGAGCCACACGACCACCCUCCUUCACACCUCACACACAUGGCGAGGAUGGACCCGCGACAUCUGUUCCCCAUGGCCGUUUCCACGGCUGCUUAAAGUGGUCCAUGGUCUGUCUCUUAAUGAACGGCAGCAGCCACUCACCCACGGCCAUCCAUGGUGCCCCGUCUACACCCAAUGGCUUCAGCAAUGGGCCAGCCACCUCAUCUACCGCCUCGCUGUCCACACAGCACCUGCCCCCGGCAUGCGGGGCACGGCAGCUCAGCAAGCUCAAGCGGUUCCUCACCACCCUGCAGCAGUUCGGCAGCGACAUCUCGCCCGAGAUCGGGGAGCGUGUGCGCACGCUGGUGAUGGGGCUGGUGAACUCAACUCUGACCAUCGAAGAGUUUCAUUCCAAGCUCCAAGAAGCCACCAACUUUCCACUGAGGCCGUUCGUCAUCCCCUUCUUGAAGGCUAAUCUUCCACUGCUGCAGCGGGAGCUCCUACACUGUGCCCGCCUGGCCAAGCAGACACCCGCCCAGUACCUGGCCCAGCAUGAACAACUGUUGUUGGAUGCCAGCGCCACCUCCCCUGUCGACUCGUCCGAGCUCCUGCUGGAAGUCAAUGAGAAUGGCAAGCGGAGAACACCUGACAGGACCAAAGAGAAUGGGUCAGACCGGGACCCUCUGCACCCCGACCACCUCAGUAAGCGGUCCUGCACCCUGAGCCCUGCCCAGCGCUGCAGCCCCAGCAAUGGGCUGCCCCACCCUACGCCACCCCCGCCCCCGCACUAUCGCCUGGAGGACAUGGCCAUGGCUCACCACUUCCGGGACUCCUACCGACAUCCUGAUCCCCGAGAGCUACGGGAACGCCACCGGCCCCUCGCCAUACCUGGGUCUCGACAGGAAGAAGUGAUUGACCACAGGCUCACGGAACGUGAGUGGGCGGAAGAGUGGAAACACCUCAACAGUCUCCUGAACUGCAUCAUGGACAUGGUGGAGAAGACCAGGCGAUCCCUCACCGUGCUGCGCCGGUGCCAGGAGGCCGACCGUGAGGAACUCAACCACUGGAUCCGGUGCUACAGUGACUCUGAGGAGGGGAAGAAGGGCCCCACCCCCAUCUCUGCCCGGUCCCUCAACAGCUGCAGUGGCCCUGAGGGGUCUCAGCUAGACAUUCACCGGGACUUCACGCCCAGAACCCUGUCUGGCUAUAUGCCUGAAGAGAUCUGGAGGAAGGCGGAAGAGGCCGUGAAUGAGGUCAAGCGCCAGGCAAUGUCAGAACUACAGAAAGCCGUGUCGGAUGCGGAGCGCAAAGCCCAUGAACUCAUCACCACGGAACGUGCCAAGAUGGAACGAGCACUGGCCGAGGCCAAGCGGCAGGCCUCGGAGGAUGCCCUGACUGUCAUCAACCAACAAGAGGAUUCCAGCGAGAGCUGCUGGAACUGUGGACGCAAGGCCAGUGAGACUUGUAGUGGCUGUAACGCUGCACGCUACUGUGGGUCCUUCUGUCAGCACAAGGACUGGGAGAAACACCAUCAUGUGUGCGGCCAGAGUCUGCAGGGCCCCGCAGCUGCAGUGGCUGACCCACUGCCUGGACAGCCUGACGCCACUGCCAGUCCCAGCGAAGCCGGUUCAGCAGGGCCCUCUCGUCCCUGCUCUCCGGGCCCACCGGGUCCACUGGACGCUGCUGUGCCCCGCUGACCUCCAGAUCUGACACCUAGCCCAUGGACACCAUGCCCUGCCAACCUCCCGGCCCCACCGUGGCCCACCAGUUGCCUGGAGCUGGCCGUGUGGAGCCGCUGCUGCUACUGCUUCUCUCCAAAAGAAAACACAGAUCCAACAAAACUGUAUCCAUGCAGCCCCCAGCUACCUGACGAGGUCUGCCAGGACCUCCACAGCCUCUCUCCGCAAGCACCCUCAGAAAGCACCGCAGAGGCGCAGACAGCGGAACCAGCGGGAGUGUGGUCAGCUCCGCCGCUGUCUGUCCCCUCUGUGUCUGUCUCUCUGUGACUGUGUAUCUUUCUGUGUCUGCCUCUCUGUGUGUGUCUCUUGAUGUCUUCGUCUCCUGUUUCCCUGACUCUCCUGUGUUUCUGUCUUUGUGAAGCCCACAUGACUUCUCCGACGUCAGAGAAACCUAACUGGUACCUUUUAUUUUCCAUGAAGAACUUUUGGAGAUUUUGUUUUGUUUUGUUAGCAAACAAGCUACUUAGAAAUGGACAAAGAAGACUGUGGGGUUCUCCCAGUUCCUCAUGAGUAAGGGAAGAAACUGUGAUUUUUCUAUCCAGAGUUGCUGUAUCACCUAGCCAGCCCCAGGGGAUCGGCGCACACACACAGCAGAGAUGAUGAGAACAAUUUCAGUUUCCAACUCAAGAAGCAGUUUUUGUUUCAGGUUUUAUUUCUUUUCUUUAGUGUCAAACUCCUUUGGCUUUAAGUGAAAAAAAAAAAAA